AUGCCUCUGCGUCGAAGAUUCCUUGAACGAGACUGGUACAUGGAGAUGAAUGGGAGCUUUGCCUUCCAUCACUUUGAUAUAUCCGAGGGCCUCAUCUCCCGACUAUUCCGAGUAGUGCUCCUGACUAUCAUGAAUGCUGUCUUCUUUCAGGAAACAAUGGAUGAUCUUCUGAGAAGCUGGAUGUCUGCGUCGUCUGGCCAACACAUCAAUGAUCUCAAGCGCGCCAUUGGGCGCCUUGUGGCCCACAGCGCACUCACAGCUCGGAGGAUCGCGGUUCUGGAGACGACGUUCGGAUUAACUUCGCAUUCAGUGAGGAAUUAUGACGCCCGACGUGGUCUUCUGCGAGCGAUAUCACCGAGAGCACUUACGCUUCGGGCAGGACAAGCGAAUAUUCCCAUUGUGAAGGAUUUUCGCCACUGUGAAGAGUUCAAUAGACCAAGGUAUAACAAAUCUUCGAGCUGCACAGAAGAAGUCAUCGGUGGAGAGAGUGAGGGGGGAGUGGUUAUGACCGAAGGCCCAGUUGGCUGCAAUUUCAAUGCGUAA